ACCGGAAGAUAAUCUUCUGAAACCGGAAGAUAAUCUUCUGAAACCGGAAGAUCAUCUUCUGGAAACGGAAGACCUCCUUCUGGAUUCGGCAGCGAAACAUGUUUCGACUCGAAGUGAAACCCGCCAAUGAAAACGAGGGCGCCUCGUCACGUGACGGCGCUCGGAGCCAAUCGGGGAUCGCGGCGAUUCUGGGGCGACAGUUGGCGGUGACCCGGCGGGAAAAGUCGCUUGAGGGCUUCGUCAUCUUCAUCGUCAUCUUCAUCAUCUUCGUCGUCGUCGUCGCCGGUGGCGGCGGCUUCCUUGCGAGACGCCGCUCGCUACAUUCUCAACAAGACGACUUUCUGGCGGUUCCUGCCAAGCCCACCAGCUGCAGGAUGAUGGCUUCAGACGAGGGCAGUGGUGCGCGACUGUGCUGCCGUCCCCGGACCAGGUCGGGCUCCGCCGUCUCGCCAGCCCCGCUCGCCCCGCUCGCCGCUCCCCACGCGGCCACGAUGUCGACGGUGCGGCUCCGUGACGAGGCCGGCGAGCCGACGGGUAGAAGGCAUCGCCGGCCCGACGCUGCUCUGUCACGCAAACGCCACGACAACGAUGAUGACCACGCCGCCUCCGUCUCACGACGGCCGCCCGACGUCGCCAUCGGCAACGCUCGCAAGAGACGAGCGCUUGCCGGCGAUGACGAGUCUGCUGGCGGCUCCGGUUGGCCGCCGUCUCCGGCCGCGGCGAGAGGCGCCGCCUGCGGUGUUGACGAUGACGACUCCGACGGCGAGUGUUCUCUGCUCUCUCACUUGUUGGCCAAAGGUGGCAAAACCGGCGUGGGCAAAUUAAACGGCAAAAGACGCAAGGACGGUGCCAUCGAAGACGUCCUUUGCUUCCUCCCUGUCGCUAAAAGCGAUGCUCGCAGAGACAGAGACGGUGCGAGCGGCGGCGUUGUAAGAGAGUGCGCCCGGCGUUCCCGCCAAUCAGCAGAGUGGCACAGCCCCGACACUGCAGGGACAGUCGCUUCUGGCAUAGGCGGUGGUGGUGGUGCCGUUGCCGCCGCCGCUGCUGCCGCUAUCCCCGCUGGGCACAUCGGCGCUCGGAAAUUGGACGGUGACGAUGCGCGACGUAUUCGCCACAGUCGCAAGGGACGGCUAGCAAACGGCCGGCGGAGUGCCGACGGCAUCUGUAAGAACAGCAGCGGCGGCAGCGGCACCAACAGCAUCGCCAAUAUUGACAACAGCAGGAACAGCACCAACAUCGACAGCAGCAGGAACAGCACCAACAUGGACAGCAGCAGGAACAGCAAUAUCGACAGCAGUAGGAACAGCACCAACAUGGACAGCAGCAGGAACAGCACCAACAUGGACAGCAGCAGGAACAGCAAUAUCGACAGCAGUAGGAACAGCACCAAUAUCGACAGCAGCAGCACCAACAUCGACAGCAGCAGCACCAACAUCGACAGCAGCAGCACCAACAUCAACAGCAGCAGCACCAACAUCGACAGCAGUGAUGAUCGCGGCUCUAUCGCCGACGUGCCACCGCCGUUGUGGUCCGGUGAGUGGCCGAGCGCGGCCCGUGUGGGUGCCGUCGCCGCGGAGGCAAAGGGGGACGGCGAUCCCGUCCCGGGUGGCUCUCUCGGCAUUUGCCGUGGCGUGAGCGGCGACGGCGACAAUGGCGGAGCCGACGACGACGAUGGUGUUGCCGGUGUUGGGUUGAUGGACGCCGCGUUUGUGGAGACCUCCGGGCACUUUUCCGACUCCAGCCCCUCCGCCGUCCCGGAAACGCCGGAGCCGGCGCGCAAGCGGCGGCGCAGUGGACUCCUCCUGCACCGCCGCCGGCGCUGUCGCCGCGUGAGUGUCACGCGUAGCCCCAACUUCGUGCCAGUCACGCCGAGCCCCAUCCUUGUCAGCAGAAAGAGGCGGCAGCCACUGCCAGAGCUCAACGCAGAGCCACCGGCGUGCUCACAGGCUCCCAUGAGCCACCACCACCCCCCCACGACCCAGGCGAGGAGACGGCUCGGGCUGCGAUGUUCUCCCGGUCGCGACGUCUGCCCGAGAGGACUCGCCGGUGGCGUGAGCCGGGCUUCGCCGCCGGCGUCGUCGUCCUCACCGCCGUCACCGCGGUGCCGCCGGCCCCGCCACUCCUUCAGCGACGCUGCGCCAGGUCCCAGCAGCACCGGGGAAUGGGUUCGGAUCCCACCCAACUUCAUAGUGAUCAACAGCGACGACGACGAUGAGGUCGGGGGGGACGCCGUCUUUGCGCAGCAGCAGGUGCAGAUGGACGAGGACGAGGCGCUGGCUCGGGCGCUGCAGAUCCAGUUUGACGAGGAGGAAGCGGAGAGGCUGGCGGGCUCUGAAGGUCACGGCGGUGGCGGUGGUGGCGGUGGUGGCGGUGGUGGCGGUGGUGGCGGUGACACGGAAGAGUUUUGGCACCGCCCCCCGACUCGCUCGUCGAAUCACCAAGAAGAGAUGCCGCGCAGCCAGCGCAGGAGGAGGAACCCGUCGCAGCACCAGCACAGGGACACGUACCCGGGGUGGACGUGCUGCGGCAUCCCCCCCAAUUUUCUGCGCGCCAUCGCCAUGACCUCGAUGCACACGCAGCAGCAGAGCCCCAGCAACAACGGCGAUGACUACGAGGAGCUGCUGCGGCUGGAUGAGCAGCUUGGCGUCCGAGCGCAUCGCCUCAGCGCCGCAGACAUACACCGGCUGCCCACCCAGGUCUUCUCGGCCGACCUGCGCAAGCCAAACUCCCAGUGCAGCAUCUGCACGGAGGCAUACGAGGAGGGGGAGGUGAUGCGGACCUUGCCCUGCUUGCACGCCUUCCACGCUGCCUGCAUCGACAGGUGGCUACAGCAAAGCGCCAUAUGCCCGGUGUGUCGCACAAACAUCUUCUUGGACUGACGGACACGAAGAGGAAGAUGAGGAGGAGGUGGAGGACUUUGGGGGGCUGAGAAGUUUUCUCAAGAGCCAAAGAGUCAUGUUUAAUGUGCAGUCGGCACGCUUUUCACGACCGAUAUUAUCCUCGACAGAGGUUGGUUUAUUUUGUUGGGGGGGAGUUAGGAACGUCACCGGCUAGUCGGGUUGUAAACGAUCGACCGGUUGGUGCUGAACGAGUAACGAAUUGGCCACGCGCUGUGUUACGUGACAAACCCCCUCGCCGAUUGGCCACGUGUUGGAGGGUGGUGGUGGUGGUGGCAGCGGUUACCGAUACGACAUUGAUAUCGGCGCCAUCUGUCACCAAAAACGAAACCAUUAUUUCGGAGCACAGUUCUGUUCUCACCCUCAAGUCAUCCCCGCCACCCCCCCCCCCUCCCAAAUUCCGGGAUAUAUUGUACGCCACGGUGCAACGAUCUGCCGCGGCGUUCGUUUUCUGGCGACUUUUACGUUUCGCAUCGUUUUUUUGUCUUUAACGUUCCCAUUGCAGACCAACCCCCUUGCGUACUACUCCGGUACGAACGAGGAGCUUCACUCACUCAACGUUCAUUCAGUGGCUCAACGCGAGGCUGCUGCCAAGUUGCAUAACCGUUGCAAUAACGCCAUGCGUGCGCAUGUGCUUGCGUGUGUGUGAGACGCGGGUGCUCGUGUGUGUGACGCGGGUGCGCGUGUGUGAGACACGUGUGUGAGACGCAUGUCUGAGACGCGUCUGUGUGUGUGUGACGCAGGUGCGCGCGUGUGUGACGCAGGUGCGCGCGUGUGUGACACAGGUGCGCGCGUGUGUGACGCAGGUGCUCGUGUGUGAGACGCGUCUGUGUGUGAGACGCAGGUGCGUGUAUGUGUCUUUGUUGUCACGCGGGUGCUCGUGUGUUUGUGACGUGUCUGUGUGUAUGAGGCGCAGGUGCAUACGUGUGACAGUUUGGUUCGUUUUUGUUAUGAAUAAAAAAAAAUUAGUUUUUUU